GGCUCUCUUUGUUCAAUAUUCCUGCUGCUGUUCAGGUCUAGUCAUUCGCUGGGAGGAGUAUGAGCGAGGCGGAAGUGCUUAGUUCCCUCCGCCCCCACCAACAUGGCCGCUGUGAGGAAAGGCAAGAGCCCGCGGGUUGAGAGGUGUCCCAUGUGAGGUUAUCUCUGCAGGACGUUGGACUUUCGAAGGAUGUAACUGAUAUGUAGGUCGCUUCUUCCAUAACCCUAUGGAGAAAAAGGACUUCGAAGUAUGGCUUGAAAAUCUCUCGGCUACGUUCUACACCCUGACGGACUUGCAGAAAAAUGAAACGUUGGAUCACUUGAUCAGCCUCAGUGGUGCCGUACAGCUGAGGCAUCUCUCCAACAACCUAGAGACUCUGCUCAAAAGAGACUUCCUCAGGCUUCUGCCGCUGGAGCUCAGCUUUUACUUGCUGAAAUGGCUGGACCCUCAGACCUUACUCACAUGCUGCCUGGUCUCCAAGCAAUGGAACAAGGUUAUAAGUGCCUGUACAGAGGUGUGGCAGACAGCGUGUCGGAACUUGGGCUGGCAGAUUGACGAGACGGUGCAAGAUACCUUGCACUGGAAGAAGGUCUACCUGAGGGCCGUACUUAGGAUGAAACAGCUCGAAGACCAUGAAGCCUUCCAAACAGCAUCACUUAUUGGUCACAGUGCCAGAGUUUAUGCACUUUAUUACAAGGACGGACUCCUGUGUACAGGUUCAGAUGACUUAUCAGCAAAACUUUGGGACGUGAGCACAGGACAGUGUAUAUAUGGCAUCCAGACCCACACAUGCGCUGCAGUGACAUUUGAUGAGCAGAAGCUUGUGACAGGGUCCUUCGAUAACACGGUCGCCUGCUGGGAUUGGAGUACUGGAGCCAAAACACAGCACUUCCGAGGUCACACGGGGGCAGUGUUUAGUGUGGACUACAAUGAUGAACUUGACUUACUGGUGAGCGGUUCAGCAGAUACCACUGUGAAAAUAUGGGCCUUAUCAUCGGGAACAUGCUUAAAUACUCUCACUGGCCAUACUGAGUGGGUGACAAAGGUCGUCCUGCAGAAAUGUGAAGUUGAGUCCAUUGUGCACAGCCCUGGAGACUUUAUUCUUCUGAGUGCUGACAAAUACGAAAUCAAGAUCUGGCCAAUCGGAAGAGAAAUUAAUUGCAAGUGCUUAAAGACUCUGUAUGUGUCCGAUGAUCGCAGUAUAUGCUUACAGCCCCGGCUCCACUUCGAUGGGAAAUAUAUUGUUUGCAGUUCCGCCUUAGGGUUGUACCAAUGGGACUUUGCUAGCUAUGAGAUACUAAGAAUCAUCAAAAUGCCGGAUUCUACAAACCUCUCCUUACUUGGCUUUGGUGACAUCUUUGCUCUGCUGUUUGAUAACCAUAACUUAUACAUCAUGGAUUUACGGACAGAGAAACUGAUAAGCCGAUGGCCUCUGCCGGAAUAUAGAAAAUCCAAGAGGGGUUCCAGCUUUUUAGCAGGGGAAAUAGCUUGGUUGAAUGGCCUGGACGGGGUUAAUGACCUAGGGUUGGUCUUUGCCACAAGCAUGCCGGACCACAGUAUCCAUUUGGUGAUGUGGAAAGAGAACAGCUGAGAUGACGUGGGCACCGGCUGAUUUUUACAGAACAUUCAGAAGUUCCAGAGAUGAGUUCGGGGAGAAAGACUUGCAUGAACCAAAGUUCUCAUCUUGUCAUGCAUUGCACAAUCAUCAUUUGACUUGCAUUACUUUGGGUGGAAAAAGGGAGCGUUUUAUUAACAAACCAACCAGGUCACAUGCUGACAGGAUUUCACUUGAGCGUCCCACAAGACACUGAAACGUGUCUGCCUUCUGGAUAAACUGACUUUUUAAAAGGCUGGAGAAAUUUUACAUGGAGGUUAUAAUAAAAAAAAAAAAGUCACGCUCUCUCAAUAUUACAACUGAUCUGUACUAUGUAUAUAUCAGCCUACAGAACUGUUUAUAUAUGUCAUCUAUUUUACUACGCAAAUACGCAUUUAACAGUGUAAAAAUGCACCGUGUAGAGGUAGACGAGUAUUAUGGAGCAUAUUCUUGUUUGAGCACUUAGAUUAUAGUAACAAUCUUUAUGGAGGAGGAAAUGUUCUUAUUCCUUUGGAUUCUGCUUAUCCGGCCUGUCGUUGUAGCCUGUCUCUUAUUCUCCCUUAAACAGACUGUGGAGUAUGAGGGCAGAUUACGUCUCUGUGUGUAUAUAUCACCGUUGCCCAGUAGGUGGCGUGUUUGUGUUGAACUGUAUACAGAAUGCCACAGCGCCCCUUAUUUCUGUAGCAGUUCAAAUAUGCAGAGAAGGGAGAAAUUGUGUCUUCGGAAUGGGCUGCAGUCUAUUUAAGGAGGAAUAAAUGAAAUAAGUUUUAUAUAUAUAUAUAUAUAUAUAUAUAUAUAUAUAUAUAUAUA